AUGGCUUCCAAGAAUUUUUCAUUUCCUUCACCCCCAAUUUUUUCUGGUGAGAAUUAUCUAAUUUGGGCUAUCAAGAUGAGAACAUACUUGCGAGUAUAUGAUGUGGGAAGUGGUAGAGGUUGGAGGAGAGGACUUUCGGAAGUAAUUUUCACUAGAGUUAUGGCGAGUGAUACUGCAAAGGAGGCUUGGGACAAGUUGAAAGAAGAAUUUCAAGGAAGUGACAAGAUUAGGCAAAUAAAAGUGAUAAAUCUGAGAAGAGAAUUUGAAAUUCUCAGAAUAAAGGAUUCAGAAACUAUUGAAGAAUUCUCCAACAAGUUGAUGAAGGUUCUUGUGAGUUUUCCCGAAAGAUUUGAAGCAAAGAUCUCCUCACUCGAAGAUUCGAAGGAUCUCACAAAACUAUCACUUUCAGAACUUGUACAUGCUCUUCAAGAUCAAGAGCAAAGAAGAUCCUUGAGGCUAGAAGAAGCUACUGAAACUGCUCUUCAAGCCAAGUUCAAAGGAAAGAUGCAAAUUCAAGAGGAAGCCGAUUCUCGCAAUGAAGUCAAGAAUAGAGAAAACUUUCCUCCAUGUAAGUAUUGCAGAAAAACCAAUCAUAAAGAGGAUGAUUGUAGGUUUAAGGGGAAGAAACCACCUCUUCAGUGUAGAUAUUGCAAUAAGCUUGGACAUAUUGAAAGAUUUUGCAAAGUGAAGAAGGAGAACAACCAACAAACACAAAAGCCAACGUUUCAGAAGUUAAAGAACAGGAGGAGUUUAUAUUUAUGGCGAUGGAAGAAACAAGAUUGA